AUGGCGUCCUUCGCCGCCCGCUCGGCCGUACUGUCCUCGUUGCCGUGCCUCUCCACCGUGACGAACAUGACCGAAAGGGGGGGGCACUACCGUUUCGUCGCUGGUGGAGGCGCGAAGCCGGGGGCCGCCGCCGCCCUCCCGCCGGCAUCGACCCCGCACACGCAGGAGCACGCCCACCGCCCGUGCGUGGAGGAACGAGCGCUAACGCGCCGCUCCGGCAGCAAGCGGGACCGCGAGACCGCCGCCGCCACAGACGUCGGCUACUCCAAGGAGGAGCAUAAGGCGGCCACGCGGCGAGCAGCGGACCGCGCAGAAGACACCUCAGCGCCCGCCCGGAAGCACCCAAAAGUGACGUAC